UUUCUUUUUCUUUCCUGGAAAAUCAGGGAGGAUUUGCUGGAAAGGUUGGAGCAGAGUGGAAAAGUCAUUCGAUUUUCUGCCAAGAAAAAAAGAGCAACCAAAAGACUGUACGGACUAUCCAUCUCCUCUUUAGCAACAUCAGAUCCGUGGUUUUGUGGACGCUGCUGCUUGAAUGAGUUAAAGAAGCUUGGAAGCUGAGAACCUGAGAGUAUAGUCUGUUACUUUUGUUGUUGCGGAGCUCUGCUGUAAAUAUGUAGCAGUAGCAAGAUCCAGCAAUGGAGUCUGAAACGUCGUCGUCGGUGGAUGAACAGUUGGUUGCUGGAGGAGGAGGAGCUGAUACUAGAGGCAAGCAUCGUAUUCUGGCAGAACUCAAGCGCGUCGAGCAAGAAAUUAAGUUCUUAGAGGACGAAUUGGGGGAGCUUCAGGGAAUAGACAAUGUAUCAACCAUGUGUGAGGAGUUGCUUCGCAACAUGGAAACUAUACCUGAUCCUCUAGUUCCACUAACAAAUGGCCCUCUGAACCCAGUAUGGGAUCGAUGGUUUGAAGGGCCUCAGGAUUUACAAGGAUGCAGAUGCUUGAUACUCUAAAUUUGUGGUGAGAUUUGUUGCUGCCUGAGGCUUUAAAGAUUACAUUUCUGCAAGUUUGUUAGACUACAUUAGUGCCAACUCGAUUAAUUCUUACAUCGCAUACGAUACCAUUGCUUUUAGGUUAAUUGUAAUGAUUGUACAAUCUGCGAUCUAUCUUGAUGAGUUCUGUAAAUUGAAUACAUUUGCUACUUAGAGAUCCUGAGCUUCUGAAAAGAUAACACUUGCAUCCCCAAGCUAAGCAUGGUAGAUGGGCUUCGUCUACUUUUACAUUCUC